AUGAUUGGUCUCGAAGAAGAGACGGUCAGGCGAAAACAAUUUCCCCGCUUUCAAACCUGCCUUAACGAUUGGUCUCAAAGAAGAGACGGUCAGGCGAAGACAAUUUCCCGCUUUCAAACCUGCCUUAACGAUUGGUCUCGAAGAAGAAGAGACGGUCAGCGAAAACAAUUCCCGCUUUCAAACCUGCCUUACCGAUUGGUCUCGAAAAACAAUUUCCCCGCUUUCUGUAAGAAGAAGAGACGGUCAGGCGAAAAACAAUUUCCCGAAGAAGAGAGACGGUCAGGCGAAAACUUUCAAACCUGCCUUAACGAUUGGUCUCGAAGAAGAGACGGUCAGGCGAAGACAAUUUCCCGCUUUCAAACCUGCCUUAACGAUUGGUCUCGAAGAAGAGACGGUCCGAGGCGAAGACAACGGUCAGGCAAAACAAUUUCCGCUUUCAAACCUGCCUUAACGAUUGGUCUCGAAGAAGAGACGGUCAGGCGAAAACAAUUCCCGCUUUCAAACCUGCCUUACCGAUUGGUCUCGAAGAAGAGACGGUCAGGCGAAACAAUUCCCGCUUUCAAACCUGCCUUAACGAUUGGUCUCGAAGAAGAGACGGUCAGGCGAAAACAAUUUCCCGCUUUCAAACCUGCCUUAACGAUUGGCCAAAGAAGAGACGGUCAGGCGAAAACAAUUUCCGCUUUCAAACCUGCCUUAACGAUUGGUCUCGAAGAAAGACGGUCAGGCGAAAACAAUUUCCCGCUUUCAAACCUGCUCGACCUGCCUUAA